CCGGCCGACGUCACAACACGAACUACACGACCCAGCGAGCACACGUACAAAUCAGGCACGCCCACGGGCUAUUAGCCGGCCAAAUGCCGUGACGUCACCGAGGAACGCCGCAGAGGGCCGUGUCGCGGGAUAGUGACGUAGUACGGCAAGCAUGGCGGACCGGAAGCGGAGGGCCAAGAGAAGCAGCAGCACCAGUUCCAGUUCUAGUUCCAGUUCCAGCUCUAGCAGCGAGGACGAGAAGCGGGCGAAGCGGGAAGAGGAAAAAAAGAAGGAUGAGGAGGAUGACGACGAUGGGGGUUGGGUGGGGCCGCUGCCAGCGGAGGCGGCUCAGCCCAAGAAGCGGAGAGUUCUUGAGUUUGAGAGAGUUUACCUGGACAACCUCCCCAGUGCUUUGAUGUAUGAGCGCAGCUAUAUGCACAGAGAUGUCAUCACUCACAUCGUAUGCACCAAGACAGACUUCAUCAUAACUGCUAGCCAUGAUGGGCAUGUCAAGUUCUGGAAGAAAGUGGAAGAAGGAAUUGAAUUUGUGAAACAUUUCCGCAGUCAUUUGGGAGUGAUAGAGAGCAUUGCUGCCAGCUCUGAGGGGUCACUUCUAUGCACUGUUGGAGAAGACCAAGCAAUGAAAGUCUUUGACGUUGUCAACUUUGAUAUGAUCAACAUGCUGAGGCUUGGCUAUCAUCCUGGUCAGUCGGAGUGGAUCUACUGUCCUGGGGAUGCGAUCUCGGCAGUGGCCUGUUCUGAGAAGAGUACAGGAAAGAUUUUUGUGUAUGACGGCCGUGGAGAUAAUAAACCGAUGCAUGUCUUUAACAAGCUGCACUCUUCUCCUUUAACUGCAAUCCAGCUGAACCCUGUGUACAAGGUGGUGGUGUCGUCAGACAAGAGCGGAAUGAUCGAGUACUGGACGGGGCCGCCCCGUGGAUACAAAUUCCCUGAUAACAUAAAUUGGGAAUACAAAACGGACACAGACCUCUAUGAGUUUGCCAAGUGUAAGACAUGUCUCACAGGCAUUAGUUUCUCCCCGGAUGGUAAGAAGAUGGCCACUAUUGGAGCGGAUAGGAAAGUUAGGAUCUUUCGGUUUUUGACUGGGAAACUGAUGAGAGUUUUUGAUGAGUCGCUAAGCAUGUUCACGGAGCUACAGCAGAUGAGGCAGCAGCUUCCAGACAUGGAGUUCGGCAGACGCAUGGCCGUGGAGCGGGAGCUGGAGAAGGUGGAUGCCAUUAAACUAAUGAACAUUAUUUUUGAUGAGACCGGCCACUUUGUGUUAUAUGGGACAAUGCUUGGCAUCAAAGUUAUUAAUGUAGAAACAAACAGGUGUGUGCGUAUCCUUGGCAAGCAGGAAAACAUCAGGGCGAUGCAGCUGGCUCUGUUUCAGGGUGUUGCCAAAAAGCACCGUUCUGCCUCCACAGUGGAGAUGAAGGCGUCCGAUAAUCCCGUCCUCUUGAGCGCCCAGCCUGACCCCAUCAUUGUGUGCACUUCCUUUAAGAAGAAUCGUUUUUAUAUGUUUACCAAACGGGAACCAGAAGACACAAAGAGCGCAGACUCUGACAGAGAUAUUUUCAACGAGAAACCAUCUAAAGAAGAAGUGAUGGCAGCCACACAGGCGGAAGGACCCAAACGUGUGUCUGACAGCGCCAUUAUACACACCAGUAUGGGCGAUAUUCACGUCAAGCUCUUUCCGGUUGAAUGUCCUAAGACAGUGGAGAACUUCUGUGUGCACAGCCGAAACGGUUAUUACAACAGUCACGUAUUUCAUCGCAUCAUAAAGGGGUUUAUGAUUCAGACAGGAGACCCGACAGGCACAGGCAUGGGUGGAGAAAGUAUCUGGGGCGGAGAGUUUGAGGAUGAAUUCCAUGCCACACUAAGGCAUGACCGGCCCUACACACUCAGUAUGGCGAAUGCUGGUCCCGGUACCAAUGGCUCCCAGUUCUUUGUCACUGUAGUACCUACUCCUUGGCUCGACAAUAAACACACAGUAUUUGGGCGGGUAACCAAAGGAAUGGAAGUGGUCCAGAGGAUCUCCAAUAGUAAAGUUAACCCCAAGACUGAUAAGCCCUAUGAAGAUAUCACCAUUAUUAGCAUCACUGUUAAAUAAUAUUGUCUGACAUAUAUGUGUUUUAUAGCAAUUGUACAAACAUGUCUGAUCGUGUCUUUUUUUUAAAUAAAAAAAAUACAUAAA